UCUGUCUGCCAGGUUGAGAGGGGAAUGUGAAAGUGAGAAAUUUAACAAGGUAACCGGGAAACAGGACAGCCAGAGCAAUGUCCAAUCCGAUGGAGCUUCAGCAGCCGUAACUUUGUUUGACGGAGGAGAAGACUUUUAUUGCACAAGCUUGUCAAGCUCUGGUUUGUUGAGGCUGUCAGCAGGGGUAAACAGAGAAAAAGAGCUGUGCAGCGUCCAGUCUUUGCAGUGGAGUGUAGAAAGCCUUUGGUGGACGGUACAAUGAGAGAAGAGGUGUCCUGCACCAACUCCCCCGAAGGAGGGCUGGGGGCCAGCGAAGAGGAACUGGAGAGGGGAUCGAAGAAGACCCUCCAACCAGGAAAUCGAAAACGUUCCCCAUAUCCCAAGAAGGACAGCCUCGGCCAGGCAGAGGAGAGCAGCACCGGCAGCCCCAACAGCCUGCUGCCGUCUGGGCCGAAGAGGUUGAAGAAAAGCCCUUCGACCAUCGUAUCGUUGGCCCCCACUUCGCUGGGCCCCAGGCCGGACCAGCCCUUCGAGGACCUCCACUCUCAGCGUGUAAUAGCCAACGUGCGGGAGCGUCAACGCACUCAGUCCCUGAACGAUGCCUUUGCCUCCCUACGCAAGAUAAUCCCCACGCUACCCUCAGACAAGCUGAGCAAGAUCCAGAUCCUGAAGCUGGCCUCGCGCUACAUCGACUUCCUCUACCAGGUGCUGCAGAGUGACGAGAUGGACGCCAAGCUGGCCAGCUGCAACUACCUGGCCCACGAAAGACUCAGCUAUGCCUUCUCCGUCUGGAGGAUGGAGGGGGCCUGGGCCAUGUCCACCAGCCACUAGGACCCCCCUCGAACUUCUCUCCUAAACCCUCUCGUGUCCACAUCUCCACCCCACUGCCUCUGUCUGUGUUUGCGCCCAUUUCCUGACCUCUGAACCUCUGAAUUCAUGCCCUUUGGUCUGAUCUUAACCUUUUCAUCUCAGACCUUUGCAUUCAUUUCUCAUCCUGCUCAGUCUCUGUCCUCCAUAACGCUUCUCUCCAUUAAACAUUGACUACAUCCACUAACACAGCUGGACAUGUGUCACUAAAACCUCUCGCAGUUCACCCUGUUCCCCUCCAUUGUUUCCACUUCCACUUCCACUGUUCUCCCCUGUCGGUCUCACUGUUUUAGUCCAGUGCAACAAGACGCUCCACUGCAGCCCCUCAGAAAACCGACAAAUGGAAAAUUCUCAACACUCAAAGUAGAAAUUGCUGCCUCACCAGCCAUCCCCACUUGUUUUUUUUUUUUAAUCUUUAAAAAACUUUUUUUUCCCUCUCUCUUCGGACACGUGCUCGGCUCAUGACACUGAGAUGUACUCUUGACUGUAUCAGUCUCCGCUGAGUGUUUCUGAAACACUGGUGAGGAGACAUGACAGUCCAGUCAAGCGCUGAAAUGAUGAAAACAAGAAAAAAACAAACAAACAAACAAACAGCUGGCCUGCGGUGACAAUGAAACAAAAUGGCUGCUGGUUCGAGUGCCUUGGAUAACACCAUGAUAACCAUCAUCCACCCGACUCUUCACAUCGGAUGACUCACUGCCAGACAGACAUUAAGAUGACUAAUGAUAAUGGCACAGUGAUGGUUAGAGGGCGGUCACAGCCAAUGAAUGUUUACAGCUAAAAUGCUAAUAAGCUAAUCGCUCUGGCUCUCAAAUCCCCGACUUGUGGGGAAAAGAAGAGCAUGAGGAAUCUGACGCAGAUCUUCUACUUUGUUGUGCUGUAGUAACUGGAUAGCUUCCUGUGUGUUUUUUCUUUUUAAAGCCUAUCUGUUUGUGAAUUUGGUGUAUGCACACUGUAUUACUUUAACUCUGCUUACGCAUUAUACUUGGCUUUAAUGAAAAAUGUCCAUGGGAAAAUGACUCAAACCACUGAUCACAGUUCAGCUGCAACUCAACAUCUGUUUAUUUUUACUUCAGUUUUUCUGUUAUUAGUGAGCGUAGCAGCAAGUGGUAUUUUAAAAUGCAAAACCAGCAUGUCUGCUAUUUCCUGCAGCUUUAAAAAUGUCUUGCAAACUUGCUGUGAUUAUUAUCAAUAAAGGCCGCAGAAAAAGAAAAUCAGAAAGUUUCUUGUAAAAUGUGUGUGAAAUGUGCCAGCGUGAUGAUGAAGUGAUCACAGCCACAGUAUAGAGGAUUCAUUUGUAACCAUAAGUAGUCUAAUUUCUGCUUGAUCAUGUUUCUUUUGUAUUGUUUUGCAUUUGCUUUUGAUCAUCUUUAUUGUGUCAGCUCCUGCGGACAAUAAAAGUUUUCCUGAUGCAGUAAAUAAGUGCAAUAUUUUGAUAAUCAAACACAUAAUGAAUUACACCGAAUGGAAAUUUAGAUAGGAGAGGAAGCUGUUUUGAAUUUACUGGAAUAAAACAAAGUGAAUUAACGAAAUU